AUGCUUCAAGUUUUUGGGUUGAAAUACACAUAACUUUUUGAAAUAAAUCAAUUGCCUUUUGUAUGUGAUUCAAUUCAGAUAGUGGAAUGCCUAAAUUUUUUAACUAAAAUCCUUAUAGACUAAAAGCAUGAAUUUGAAUGCAAAAAUUACAUAAACGAUUUAUUAAUUAUUCUUAGAUGUGAUUAUGCUUAAAGAAUAUAGUAGAAAUUGUCUUUAAUCAGACGAUGGCAAAGUAUGUAAUUUUAUAUAGAGAAGCUUAGAUUGCAAAAGAUUAAUUAGAUGA